GGUUGACGUUGCUGCAAGGGCCAACAUUUUCUGCUACUAAUUACGGACAUUUGAUUGAUUUAAGCGUCUUCAUGACUUUUAGAUUUUUUAUGGAAGAGAUAACACCGAGUCCAUUAUUGAUUCAAACUCAGUGUUUUCACGAUGUGCUGUCCUAUGUUAAAAGUCCAGAAAAUAUGCAUUGUGAUGAGCAUAUUGACAAACAUAGUGGAUUGCAUUGUCUUUGCACUUCUAUCGCCCAUUUUCGGGAUCAUGCUGAUAGUACUUGACGCCGCUGUUUUUUGUUUGACAUUAGUAAGCAUCAUCAUUGUGCACAGAUUCUAUAUUACCCUCUCAUUGCUAUGUAAUACAAUCCUUCGGAUUCCGGUGAUUAUGGCACUCACCAUGACAGUAACGAAUUUGUUUGUGGCAGAAGACGUACUUUAUCUUACGAUAAUUUCUUCUUCGCUUGCGAUUAUUUUUUAUGUCUGUCUUUGUGUGGGGCUUCAAAAGUUGCGUCGAGUGAGCAGUACAGACAUCAGAGUGACCAUACGAACGAUUCCGCAACUAGAGGUCGCCUCGGUCACUACAUCUAUUCCAUUCUCCAUUACAUCAGCGGAGCCACCUCCUGCUUAUUCAUCUGUCUCUGGCCAACCUCUCCACGUAUCUUCUUCUGUGUCAACAAUUAUGAAAUGACUUCUGUAACUCACAAAAACUCUUGUAACUCACUAAAGUGAGUACGUAUAAUGUGUGGUUGCAAUAAACUAAAGAUGAA